AUGGCCGCACCGCCUCAGAUUACUUGCACCAACCUGUCGGGCAAAUUCGCCUUGAACAGGUCCCUCUCCGACGACGUCGAUGCCAUGCUCGAGCUGCAGGGCGUCAACUGGGCUAUUCGCAAGGUCAUCAGCCUGGCUAGUGUUGUGCUCUCUGUCAAGGAAUAUACCAAAGACUCUACGACGCAUAUUGACGUCACCACCGUCGUGGCCGGACUCGACAAGACACAGGAAGACCGCAUCUUGAAUUGGCAGGAUGCCGAGCACGUCGACAAGAUUUUCGGCAAGUGUCGACAUAGAUCACGCCUCGUCAAGAUCAGCGAGUACCAUUUGGAAGGGCCCGGGUCGGCCGAGGACGCUGCCUUCCUCAAGGGAGAGAAGUUGAAGGAUGGGCGAACAGACUCGCGUUUCGAGGUCGAUGAAGUCGUCCAGAGUUGGGUGGAGAGCACGGGUGGCGCCGGCUGGAAAUGCGAGCAGAUCUGGGGAUUUGAGACGAUCAAUGGCGAGCGACGAUAUACUAGGCGGGUUGUCAUCUGGAACGCAGCCAAGGUGGUCAGGACGAGAAUUGUGUACGACUACAAAGGAGACGGUAAGAAAGGUUGA